AUGGACGCUCUUGCAAACGUACUGCAGCCGUAUAAGGUCAUCGUAGGCCAGGUGACUACCUUGGUUACCGUGAUUCAGAUGUUGUCGGGGACCUUCCUCUGUUGGGAUAUUUACAAACAGGGGAGCACCAGAGGUGUCGCGAUUACACCCUUGCUGGGUGGUUUAGUUUUGAAUAUCCUGAACGUGAAAUAUGGCUAUAUUAUCCGUGACGAUCCAUGUAUCCAAGUCAGUCUUCUGGGUACCUUUCUCCACCUCAUAUACUCUGUGUUCUAUUUCCAAUAUACAAAUGAAAAGAUGAAAGUAUGGAUGCAGUUUGGUUUGUGUAGCAUACUUUCGACAGUUCUAAUAGGAUAUACUCAAAUAGAGGAUCCUGGUUUAGUAGAAGAUAGAUUUGGAUGGAUUAUCACGGUGAUUUUCCUAACACUGAUAGCAUCACCACUUUCAGGAUUGAAAACUGUGAUCAAGAACCAGUCUACAGAAGGAAUGCCAUUCCCCAUCAUAUUGUCAGGUGCAAUCGUGUCCUUCGCGUGGUUGGUGUAUGGAUUUAUUCUCAGAAAUGAUCUCAUAGUCAUUCAAAACAUAGUGGCGCUAUUGUUAUCGUCAGUCCAGUUGUUGCUGUUUGUGAUCUAUCCUUCCAAACCCAAAGGCAAAGCGAAGAAAACAAACUAA